AGCGUCGCCCGUGACAAAGAUGGCUGCGGCGGCUGUCAAAGCCUAGGCUUCCCUCACCCGACGGGAUCCUACGUCAGCACCUGGCGUCUGAAAAGAUCCGGCGAAGAGAGGAGCCCUGUCGUUCAGAUGAGCCAACACGGACCUCGCGGAGGGAGGAAAAUGGUUGAGAAAGCAGAGGGUUUGAGCAUAGCUCAGCAGGUAGAGAGCCUAGAAGACAAGUUGACGCUUUGCAGGCAAGCCUUGGAAGAGGUGGAUUUUAAGCUACGCAGAGAAGAACUAACAUCUGCACGAAGAGAAUCACUGGAAAAAGAAAAAAACAUGCUAGAAACCAAGGCCGAAAUUUAUGAGAAAGAACUCAAAAUGCUUCGUCAUGAGAAUCGGAAGACUGUAGCGCUUUCAGCAGCCAUCAUACUCUUAGUGUUUGUUAUUUACACCUGCUGGACCAUGUAACAUUUAGGUGCUGAAAUCUAAUUACUAUAGACCGUGAUGAUUCUACCUCCCUUCCCAAAUUUGUGCCAAGGGUAAGAUCAGCUUUCCAUACCAACAUGCUCUGCAACUUGGACCAUCUUAGGAUAGUCCUCACAAAGAACUUCAAUAGAAAAUUAACCAAGGACAAAGGGCGGGCUGAGUUGGACCUUCCAGCUGAUGGCUAGGGAACGGGAUUAUGGGGGGCAGGUUAGUUGCACCCUGAUUGUAGAAUAGCCUUCAGAGACUGAGCUGGGGCUACUGUAUUUUUUUUAAUGGCAGGCAAUAUAUCUUUAUAGAGGCUUCUAUGUCUUUCAUUAAGUCUUUAGUCAUGUUAAAAAUGUUUUUAAUUCACAUCGUUUUGUAAGCCAGCUGACUACUAAUUGUAUUUUGUGAGCCAGUUGAGUACUUUUAUCAAACUGUAUUAAUUUUUUAAGGGAAGAAGUUACUAUAUAACUUUGCCUAUACCAUCAAUCCAAGUGAUUAUUAGUAUUUGCAUUUUGGACUGAAAUAAAAUGCAGAAAUUUAACAAU